AGGCGAGUAAACUUCAAUCUGUUCGUGUCGGCAAAUCAGUAACAAUCAUGUAGAUGAACAAAGUGUAAAAAACACAAUUGUAGUGGCUGUUGGUGGUUUUCGUUUGCCCAUUAGAACGAAUAAAGACAGGAAUAAAGUUGAACAACAUGCUUGGAAAACAUAACCGGGACCACUUCCUCUAUGAAAACGUACGUACCGGCAGCUUGGCAUACGUCCAGAUGUCCGUCAGCUGUGGCGCCGACGUCAACUGCACCACGUUCGACGGAAACACCCCUUUAGCAAAUGCCACCAAAAGAGGACAACUGGACAUCAUGCAGUACCUGCUAAGUGAAAAAGCCGACAUCUUUAAAACCGGGGCUAAAGGCAAAUCUCCAAUGUUCUGGGCUAUCCACCGUGGACAUCUGGAAGCCCUCAAACUCUUGUUGUCAAGUGGAGUCAACGUAAACACGACUGACCAACAAGGCAACACACCUCUAGUGUACGCUGCUAGAGAAGGCAAAGUCAAUAUCACCGAGUAUCUCGUCUCCAACGGAGCGAACGUCAACAAAGGUAUUCUUGGAGGAAACACACCUCUAGUUGAAGCAGUCAUCGCUGGUCAUUUGCCCAUUGUCAAACUACUGGUGACUAAAGGCGCCAAAGUUAACAAAACGGGUCCUGAUGGUAACACACCGGUGGCUCUUGCUACGAAACACAUGUAUCCGGAAAUUGUGAGAUAUUUGACGUUUAUGGAUGCUGAUCUUGGUAAAACCGGUGAUGAAGGUAAACCUCCACUCUCGUGGGCUGUGAUUAACGACGAUUUAGAUAUGGUGGAGUUUCUUCUGGAAAAUGGGACCGAAAAUACGACUCAGACCGCUUUUCUCGAAGCUAUUGAUUCAGGCAAUUGUGAGAUGGUGAAAUUUUUGAAAGAAGCAGGUGCCGAUGUUAAUUUUGAGUAUAAGAGUGAUGCAAGACCGUUGGAUAGGGCAGUAGCGGCUGGUGAUUUGGAUGUUGUUAAUUAUUUAGUUGAGUGUGGAGCAGUUGGUACGCAUGAAAGUGAUUCGACGGAUGAUUGCGAUAAUUCGUUUGUGAUGGUAGAUGAAGAAAAUGGUGGAUUGUGAUUCACUUCGUUUCUUCCUACGUUCCAGGUGUUCACUAGAAAAUAGUUUCAUUGGAUAAUGUAAAAUAAGGCUGUUAAAAUAAAGUGCAAAUAAAUAGUAUAAGCUAA